GGGGGAGGAGCGGAGCUGGCGCGCGCCCCUGGAAAGUUCUGAGACGAAGCCGGGCGCCCCGUGCGCUCCCAGAACGGGCGGCUGCGCCUUUCUUUCUCAGCCGUCAGGUCGCGGGCUGCUCCCCGGUCACAGAGCGGGCGGGCAAGCCGGCAAAGCGGAGGGCGGCGCCGGCCGUGGGAACGGCGGCGUGCGGCCGGGGCUGGGGGGAGGCGAUCGAGCCUCUCGGCUGCGAGCCAGCUCGGGAGUGGAGGUUCUGGAUCCCGGGAGGCGUGAGGACCGCGGGAUGGAGCCUGGGUCGGACGCUCGGGGCCCGCGGCUCCGGUCCCGUCGCGCUUUCGUCCCUUCUGGGUGACCUCAACCCCUUUAUACCGACCCCACCUCUCAGGCGCCGCGAGUACCGCCCCGUGGGGGAGGGGAAGAGGCGGUGACACCGCGCGCGCGGGUUGGGCCGUCGCGGCCGCCGUAGUCCACCCGCGGAAACGCCGUACCGGGGCGGAGACGCCGAGACCGAGAGGUCCUGGCUUGCGCCUGCGGCGGACAUCAGUGAGCGGGAUCGCGGGCUGCCCGCGGAGCCGCCGCCGUCAUGGCCGACUACUGGAAGUCACAACCAAAGAAAUUCUGUGAUUACUGCAAGUGCUGGAUAGCAGACAAUAGGCCUAGUGUUGAGUUCCAUGAAAGAGGAAAGAAUCACAAGGAAAAUGUGGCCAGGAGGAUCAGUGAGAUUAAGCAGAAAAGCUUGGAUAAGGCAAAGGAAGAAGAAAAGGCAUCCAAGGAGUUUGCUGCCAUGGAGGCAGCCGCCCUGAAGGCAUACCAAGAGGAUCUGAAAAGGCUCGGCUUACCCUCAGACAUUCCAGAGCCAACUGUAUCCCCAGUCAUCAGCACUGUCCAACCCACCCCUACGUCACAUCAACAGAAAGAGAAGAGAAAGAAGAAGAAAAAGAAAGAAGCUUCAAAGGGUAGAUGGGUGGAAGGCGUGACAGCCGACGGCCACUGUUACUAUUAUGAUCUCAUCACAGGAGCAUCUCAAUGGGAGAAGCCAGAAGGAUUUCAAGGGAAUUUGAAAAAGACAGCAGCAGAGGCCGUUUGGGUAGAAGGCCUAAGUGAGGACGGUUACGCCUAUUAUUAUAACACAGAGACAGGAGAAUCCAAAUGGGAAAAGCCUGAUGAUUUCAUUCCACAUGGUGGGGAUGUGCUUUCUAGUAAGGACAGUGAAAAGUUACCCGACACUCUAGAAGACUCCAAAUCAUCCGAGUCUCACAGCGAUUCUGAAGGGGAACAGAAGAAAGCUGGAGAGGCCUCGACAGAGACGAAGAAGCUGAUCAUCAGGUUUAAGGAAAAAAAUAAAAGUACUGAGAAAAGAAUUGGCCCAGAAAUACAAAAAGAAAAAAGUACUCCAAAACAGAAUCCAUCAAAUACAAAUGAAGAAAAACCCAAAACUCUUAAGAAAUCGACAAACCCUUAUGGGGAAUGGCAAGAAAUUAAACAAGAGGCUGAGUCUCAAGAAGAAGUCGAUUUGGAACUUCCAAGCACUGAAGGUGAAUGUCUAUCAACUUCAGAAGCUGGCGUUGGGGAAAUCAAAGUGGUAUUUAAAGAGAAAACAGUUUCUUCUCUGGGAGUUGCAGCAGAUGGAGUGGCCCCGGUCUUCAAAAAGAGAAGACUUGAAAAUGGAAAAUCUCGAAACUUAAGACAGCGAGGUGACGAUGAGUGACUGUGAAUAUGGACGGAAGGCGUGUCCUUUCCAAGCUGCUCUGUGAAGCUGUGGAGAGGAGGCGUGUCCUUUCCAAGCUCCUGUGCUUUGAAUACUGUAGUGCUGCAGUUUACAUUUAUGCUAAAUAUAUUUUAUGUGAAUCAAAAUAAAUCUUUUUUCAUGUGAAAUUUAUUUUUGUUCCUUAAGUGGUAGCCUACCACAUUGCAUUGUAAUACAGUGUAUUAUGUUCAAUGUCUAAAAUUGCUAAUUAUAUAAUAAUUUAAGAUGCUAUGUAUCUGUUAUUUAAAACAUGGGGAAGACCUUUGCUCUGUUCUUACUUAUAAACAUAUUUAUUCUGCAUUGAAAAUGCAUUAUUUCCAUAUGCUGAAAUUAACUUGUUACCUGAGAAGAAAGAAAUCAGACACCGAUGUGCACAGCCCAAGACAAUGUGGUUUUGACAGUCCUUUCUGAAGCCUGGAUGUAGAAAACUGCAGAUCAGCUUGUCUUACUCCAUUUAGGACGGAAGACCAGGAGAAGGAUGCACCUGAGCACUGAAGUGCAGAGUGACUGCUGGACCAAGGGUUGAAACCUGUGCUUGCCCCAGGUCAGCUUACAGCUGUAGUAUCUCACAACCAUUUUAACAUGGGGCCAAGCCUUGGGGGACUAGAGAUAGGAGGGCAGCCUCUGCCCUACCAUUGGUUACAUUCUGGCAUAGCCCUUUCCCAGUCUGGCGAGCUUUUCAUAGCCCUGGAUCCAUUGGAAGGUUUAUCUAAGUUAACCUCAGAAGGCUUGAACUGAAAUAGGUUGCAUUGUCCACUUAGAUGUUCCCCAUUUCCUGGUUCCAUUUCUUCAAGUAGAAGUUUCAUUUCUACUUGAAGUACUUCCCUUUAUUACUUUUGAAUAUUUUUAAUCAUUUCUCUUAAGUUGUACAGUACCUUUUGGUAGCAAAUAUGUCUUUUUACAAUUGUUAGUGUACAUGUAAAAAUAGCUUAUUAAAAACCAUAAAGUAAA